ACUCAGAUUCGAGGUUGACAUUUUACUGCUACAAUGUAAUCAAGUCAAAUUGUAAAUGUUCAUCAAAGAAAUUGACACUUUAUAUAAAAAAUGGGAAUGAAUCGGAAAUGUUUCGUCCCAUAUUUCUGAUUGUAAUUUCAUGAUGAUGCCCACAGGACUAGAAUGUGAGAAAGAAAAAAGGAAGAGGCUGGUCACAUGCAUCACAGAGGAUGCGGCUUAUUUGACUGCACAUGAACUUCGCAGCAAGCAGACCACGAAAAGGAACAACAAUGAAUGCAACACCUCCAGCAACACCGACAACCUUGAAGAGAACUACUAUGUCCACAGUCCAUGAGCACAUCGUGAGCAUGGGCACAUUCACUACUGUGGAGCAUUUCACGGAGGGAAAUAGGGCAGAUGACCUAGCUUCCAGUGCCAACUACUGCUACGCACUCUUUGGCGCACUUGGCUUUGCGUCUGCGCUCUUCCUCUACUUCAGUUUCGAGAAAUCCUACCGGAAGGCCAGGAAGAAAUGGACUUGGAUGGACAGCAUCCUUUGCACCUACUCCAUUUGCGAAUUCUACGUAAUACUCAUCUCCAUCUCUUCUCUGGCACACCGGCCCAGAUACAUGAUGACCACACACCUCGGCUGUGCCAUCCUGUCCUUCUCCUUCAAUGUGGCUUGCAUCAUUGGGGCACUCCAUCAGACGUUAAUGCUGUUCUUCCUCGCGUUUCGCCAGGACUCGUCUAUACCUGCCCGUCUUCAGAAAGUGCUGGACAGCCCUGCCUUGUGUGCAGUGGGAAUGUCCAUGGUCUCGCUGAUACUCUCCAUAAUUCUGGCGGUACUGCGAGGUCCACACGGGCACCUGGAUAACAUCGCAGAAUGCCAACUUGAUGCUAGCCCCUCAGCCAGUUACAGAGUUGCCAAGUUUAUUAUAAGUUUCGUCUUGCCCAAUAUCAUCACAGUGACCCUCUUGGUCAUUGGGAAGUGGUCAAACAAAAACUUCCUGCAAAGUCUCAAGAAAAAGGCCAUUUUCCCCACGGUCAUCCUGGUCACCUUCUUCACCAGGCUUUACUACCAUGUCUUCCUGGUGAAAACAGUCAGCACGCCUGUCUUGCCCUAUCAAAAGGCCAUGAUGAGUGUGGCAGAGUAUGUGCUCUUUGGCGGUAGUAGUGUCAACCUCGUGCUGGUGCUCUGGCUUCAUGAGCCAUGCCGGAAGACCCUACAGCACACUGUGGACGACCUACGUGAUUGCGUCAUUGGACGAGAAGCCAGAAGCCAGGUCAUGAACCCUAGCAUAGUGAUUUCAGAUACACAGGACAGCAAUGAGCUUGAGGGAGAAACGACUCCAGUAGUAAAUCUUAUGCCUUAAACUUGCAAAGUUUUUUUGUCCGAAAACAAUCCCAAAUUUUGACUUCAGAGCAAUAAAAGUUUGUAUUUCUUUAAGUAUUACUGAGCAACUAAUGUGUUAACUGUGCACAUCUCACCAGAUGUGCACAGUUUUUACUGUAAAAUAGCAUCCUGUGGCAUGAACUGAUCAAGCAAAAAAAAAAAAAAAAAAAUUGUCAAUAUGCUUACUACUGCACAGAUUCCUGAUUAUCGGACUGAUCUUUAUACAGAAUUCUCAUGUUAGAGAUGACUGAAUUCAAAUUAGACUGACAUUUGAAGUCAAACACAAGGAGACAUAUGUUUGCAUGUUGCCUAGAGGGGACAGCAACACAGUAUCCUUUAUAUUUAAACAUAUAUAGAAGAUAUAUAGGGGGUGGCUCAGCAGGUAAGGACUCUGUACCCAUGAUCACCGGUUCAAAUCCCAGGCUCAGCAGAGUGAUGUCACCAUUGGACCCCUGAGCAAAGGCCCUUAAUCCCCAAUUGCUCCAGGGAUUGUCUGACCCUGCUUUCUCACAGUACGCAUGGUUUUGGAUAAAAGCGUCUGCUGAAUAAAUAAAAUGUAAAUAUAGAAGUUCCAUAAUUGAAUAAAAACAGGCAGCUAUUCAUACGCUUGAAGAACAGAAACUGUCAUGUAUUGUAAUUUGGCACAUACUGAAAUAAAACCAGAACAAAAACAACAGAAGUAUGUGUGUAUAAGUGCAAAAUACAUAACUAUAGUAAAA